AUGCUACGGCAAAUUCGAAACCUAGCCCCAUCAGAUUUUUGGUCUCCCAUUUGCGCCCGUAUCCGGCCGUCUCAAACACAUCUCCGCCUGUCUCGGGUUGUCUUGGGGCGUCUUCGAAACAGAAAUUCAGAAUCUAGGCUCGACUGUAGCCUCAGAAAUUCAGAUCGCCUCAGUUCAUCACGUUCACCACUUCACAUCACCUUCACUUCAGAUGGCCUCCUUCACCGACUCACCUUCACGGCUUCACCGACUCGCCUUCACGGCUUCACCGACUCACCGUCACUUCUGAAUCGAAAGCCUCGACCUGGGACCUGGGAGUUCACUUUAGAAUUCAGAUCGCCUCCUUCACCGGCUCACCUUCACGGCUUCACCGAAUCACCUUCGCCGUCAGCCGUCCCAAGGCCCAAGGAUUCUGCAAUGAGAUUUAGCAAAACUGAAGUGAAUCUGAGAAGGUUACUUGCAGCAGCCCCGCAGCAGCAUAAUCAAGCAAAGCUCGUGCAUUAUGUUGCUACACUACGAGAGCUACUGGAGCAACUCGCCGAAGAGAGGAUCUCCGAAGGUCUUCCGAGGGUUUCAAAAGGUCAGUUAAACGAAUAUUCCGAGAAAAUUGAAGCUAUAGCUGCCAAACUGGUGGCCACCGAGUGCAGUACUCAAUUUCCUGAGGAGCCUUCUCUUGACAGCAAGGUUCUGGAGCCUCCUUCGGUAUCAGCGGAAGGUGUAAGUUCUCCCAGAGGACUGAGGAGGAGAUUUGUGCCUCCAUCAUCUGAAAGAGCCACCCCCAACACUGUUGAGGAUUCUCCGAAAUCUGUCAAAUUGGAUGCGGCAGCACAGGGUCAUAUUGAGAAACACAGAAAGCUACAAGAAGAUUUGACAGACGAAAUGGUUGGUUUAGCACGACAACUCAAAGAGAGUAGUCUUAGGAUGAACGGAUCCAUCAAAAACACCGAGAAGAUCCUUGACUCGACUGAGAAAGCUGUUGAACACAGCUUAGCAAGCACUGGGCAUGCCAACACAAGGGCAGCGGAGGUUUUCUCGCAGAGUAUGAAGACAUCAUGCUUUACGUGGCUGCUCAUCUUUGUCAUGACAUGCAUAUUCGUAAUGGUGGUACUACUUAUCCGUGUUACCUAG